GAACAGGAGACUGAGGGGGGACUCAUGGCGGUGUACAGCUUUCUCCUGAGGGGAACUGGAGGGGCAGGCAGUGGUGACUGACGACCAGUGACAGGAUCCCAGGGAAUGACAUGGAGCUGUCUCAGAGGAGGAUUUGACUGGAUCUAAGGAAAAGAUUUUUCAUACAGUGGGGAGUGGGCCACUAGAACAGGCUCCUCAGGGCAGUGGUCACAGCACCAAGCCUGACAGAGCCCAAGAAGUGUUUGGAUGACACACGCAGGCACCUGGUGGAAUUUUCUGCACAGGGCUGGGAGUUGCACCCUGAUCCUUCUGGAUCCUUUCCAACUCAGGAUAUUCUGUGGUUCGGUGUCUGUCUUUCCAGGUGGUUCCACCAUGGAUGAAACUGUGGCUGAAUUCAUCCGAAGGACUGUGCUGAAAAUCCCAAGGCAUGAAAUCAAGAUGAUGCUGCAGAAAUGGGGCUUUCUCUCUGAUGCACAGCUGAAGACUCUAAAUUUCCACCAGAUAAAGGACAACAUCUCUCAAGAAGUUGUUCAACUCUGUGAGGAAAAUUCUGCAGACAUAAAGGAAGCAGCAGCUCUAGACAUAGUUUACAACCACAUCUACCAAAACAAAAGAAUGUGGAGUGUUUACCAGAUGAAAAAAACAGGAGAAGAAUUGGAAUGUUUUGACAUAACAGAUUUCAAAAAAAAGUUUAAAAGAAGACUUCGAUCAGCCCUGAAAAAUGUCACCAUCACCUUUAAGGAGUAUGAGGAUAAUGCCAUCUGGAUUAGAGUUGCCUGGGGAACACCAUACAAAAAACCAAACCAGUACAAACCCAGCUAUGUUGUGUACCAUUCACAGACUCCCUAUGCCUUCAUUUCUGCCUCAAUCCUCAAGAGCAACUUGCCUCUGCUCUGUCAGGCCCUGAUUGUUGCUUCCAGUUACCAUGACAUCCGUGAAAUGGAGCUUCGAAGUCAUUCUUUAAACUCCCUUAAAGAUAUUGUGUUUAAAAGAUAUAGCCAGAACUUCCAAACUCACACUCCAAAACCUCUGCAAGGAAGGAACGUAGAACCAGAAAAUGCAGAUACAAGGAUAGUUGAAGAAAACAGAAGUGAGAAAGAAAGAAUCCACAGGCUGAACCAGGAAGUUUUUGGUAGUGGUCCCCAACCAAAACUCGAAUUUGCACAAUACAGGCUUGAGACGAUGUUUAAAAGUGAUCCUAAAAUGGAUGUUUUGGAUAAAAAAGAGCCAUUCAGAUGUUUGGUCAAGUUUUCUAGUCCACAUCUUUUAGAAUCACUGAAAUCCUUGGCACCAGCAGGUAUGGCUGAUGCACCACUUUCACCACUCCUUACAUGCAUACCACAUAAAGCUAGGAAUUAUUUUAAAAUUAGAGAGAAAAAAGGUUUAUAUCCAGAAAGUUUUGUAAGCCCUUAAUUUAAAACUGAUUCAUAGAGAAAUAUGCAACUCAUUUAUUACUGGUAUUAAUCUAAAUCAUCAUAAGGUUUUAAAAAAUAAGUUAUUAUUUCUUAAUACCUUACAGGUUUUUUUCCAUUUUAUGGCUCUGCUUGAAUUAUUUUCCCACAGCUGUCUUUAACAGAAGUUAGCCUGAACUAAUAAAAAAAGCUAGUUGCAAAGUUUAAACAGAGAUGAUAGUUAUUUUAAAUUUGAAUGUGAUGACUGCUCUUAACUGUAUCUUAAUAGUAUUUGUGAAGUUAAUAAAGACACAGUAGUAGCUGUAGCUAUUCAGUUUGCUAUCAUAGCUGGAGAUGGCUGCAAUAUUCCAGGUAGCCUUCCAUGUUUGGGACAGAACACCUGCCCUGUGUGGGAACAGUCCCUUCCAAACGGGUGGGGCUCCCUGGCUGCAGCUCAGGGAUGUUUUUAUCAAGUAGAUGAAUUGCAUGCUAAGACUAUUUCGGGGCAUGGGGGAGAAUGGACUUUUGGAAUGCAGAUGUGAGUACAAAGCUUCCAUCCAGCUUCAGGAGGAAUCAUUGAUUCAGCUUCCAAAGUCUUUCUCACCAAGGGCAACAGCCAGUAAGAAAUACUUGAAAAUCUGCCUGUUGCUGUUAAUGUCUUAUAAAAUUUUGUCUGGGAAGAAUACAAUGGAAGAGGCAAUAUUUUCUUUUGAAGUUACAUGUUUUAGAAUAACUCAGUAUUUGAUCCUUCUGAAAUCCUUACCCACUGCCACUGGAUUUUUGCUUGGGAACAAAGAUUAUGGAAUCAAGAUGGCAACAGUCACUAAUGCAAACAGCUCUGCAAUGGAAUUCUUUAGAGCUGGUAAACAUUGGUAAUUGUAUAGAUAUUUCCUGCUUUGUUUUUUGAGAUUGAUUUGAUCUGAAUAUUCAUUUAAAAUGUACAAGUUUUUACUUUUAAUUCUGUUAUCUGGAUUUUUUUGUGUGUACUUGGUGUAUGUAGAAUUCCAAUAUACUUUCAAUAUCUCAGUGUACAGAAGCAGCCCUAUUUCCAGAGGUUGCAUGGGCAUGUUUUUGGUUUUAGACUGUAAAUAAAUGUGUAAAUUAAGUCUUCUCAUGAAA